AUUUAUUUUACAGAAACGCUAUGCGGACCUCACGAGAAGCGAUUGCUCAACGAUUUAUUAGACCCUUACAACACACUAGAGAGGCCAGUAGCUAAUGAAUCGGAGCCACUACAACUUAGUUUCGGCCUUAUGCUCAUGCAAAUCAUAGAUGUGGAUGAAAAGAAUCAGCUGUUGAUUACCAACAUGUGGUUAAAAUUGGAAUGGAAUGACGUCAACCUCAGGUGGAACCACAGUGACUAUGGCGGUGUGAAAGAUUUGAGAAUACCACCGCACAAGAUAUGGAAACCAGAUAUGCUCAUGUAUAAUAGCGCUGAUGAAGGUUUCGACGGCACGUACGCAACCAACGUGGUAGUAAACAGCAAUGGUAGCUGUGUAUUCAUACCACCGGGGAUAUUCAAGAGUACGUGCAAGAUCGAUAUCACGUGGUUCCCCUUCGACGAUCAAAAGUGUGAUAUGAAAUUUGGCAGUUGGACAUACGACGGAUUUCAGUUGGACCUUCAACUCCAAGAUGAUAAUGGAGGAGACAUCAGUGGUUUUAUUACUAAUGGUGAAUGGGACCUGCUUGGCGUUCCCGGAAAGCGCAAUGUGAUCUACUACAGUUGCUGCCCCGAACCGUACAUAGACAUAACGUUUUCCAUCCUAAUUAGAAGGCGCACCCUGUAUUACUUUUUCAACCUGAUAGUCCCGUGCGUGUUGAUUGCAUCUAUGGCCGUACUAGGAUUUACUCUACCGCCGGACUGUGGCGAAAAACUAUCUCUAGGUGUAACGAUUCUCCUGUCGUUGACCGUUUUUCUAAACAUGGUGGCCGAGACAAUGCCGGCUACUUCGGACGCAGUUCCUCUUUUAGGUACUUAUUUCAACUGUAUCAUGUUCAUGGUUGCAUCUUCAGUCGUGGUCUACAAUCAUGAUCCUGAUUAUCACCACCGUAAUGCGGACACUCACGUUAUGUCCAAAUGGGUGAAACUCAUGUUCCUGGUGUGGAUGCCGUGCUUGUUGUGCAUGAGCCGACCGGCUCGCGACGAUCCGCCCGGCAACGGUAACAAGUCAGACUCUAAGAACAAGUCGGCGGCGUCGUCCAUCCACCACCUGCCCGACCUGGAGUUCCGGGCCAAAUCGUCCAGGAGCUUGCUGGCCAACGUGCUCGACUUGGACGACGACCUGCGCUCGUCCACGCGGAGCUACCCGGGCGCCCGGAGCCAAGUGGCGCCGAUGCCCGAGCACGUCAUGGUCGAACAGCAGCAGCAACAGCUUCACAACCUACCUAAAAAACGCUAA